AAAGGUGGCCAGCGUUUAUUUUGGCACUGCUUCUCGUUUGUGUUGCUGUCGUCGCCAUUAAACUAGACGGUGGCAGUGGAAACCAUGGAGAGCUGUGGAUUUAUACCAUGAUUUGAAGACUUUAGAGGACUUGUAAAUAUGAGCAUUAUUCAGGAAGAGGUUAUCGUGUCUGCGAAGGUAAACAUGUGACCAACGAAAGGAGUUCAAACGAUUCGGAUUGGGAAAGGUUUGCUUGAGCCGGAGGAGGAGGUGGGCAGAGAGAGGGGGGCUCUGGACAACCAAAAGGGUUUGUUGUGCUUUACGGCAGCACUUGAUACUCAAACACGGCCACUCAGCGAUAAAGUGACCCACAAUGACAGAACAGAGGGUGAAGUGGGCCUGUGACUACUGCACCUAUGAGAACUGGCCAUCUGCAGUCAAAUGUACCAUGUGUCGUGCUCCAAGGUUGAGGGGUCCCAUCAUCACGGAGGAGCCUUAUAAAAACAGCCAUGAUCUGGAUCCCAGUCUGGAAUGGGAUCCCCCAAGAACUGAGAGUGGAAGCAGUCCCCUCAUCUGUCCCGACUCGAGUGCCAGACCCAGAGUUAAGUCCUCCAGUAUGGCUGAGAUAGCCAACAAGUGGUCCUGUCAGAUGUGUACUUAUCUCAACUGGCCGCGUGCCAUUCGUUGCACACAGUGUCUGUGUCAGCGCCCCAGAACCAGCAGCCCAACAGAAUCUCCCCAGACGUCAGGCUGCCGUCCCACUGUCCACUCUCCUGUGGACACAUGUGAGGAAUAUAAUGACAGAAACAGACUCAACACUCACCAGCAGCACUGGACCUGUUCAACAUGCACUUACCAAAACUUGCCCAGAACUACUAAGUGUGUGGUCUGUGACCUCCCCAAACCUAACAACCAGGAAGCGAUAGAGCUGCCAGAGUCUGCUGAGUCUUCUCCCCUGAUCAUUGAUAAGGAUGUGUCUCGAUUGAGGGGCAGUGGCAGUGGAAGCAAGGGCCAAAGGAGAUCCCCUCCAGUGGCUACAAGGGAGGACCAUGUCAAAAUGGACUUCCAAAGGAUCGAGCUUGCAGCUGGAGCCAUGAGUAAAGAGGAGCACGAAGUGGAUUUCAAGAAGCUAAAGCAGAUUAGAAACCGAAUGAGGAAAAUGGACUGGCUGUUUCUCAGUGCCUGUGCUGGUGUGGUGGAAGGAGACCUGGCUGCUGUAGAAGCCUACAAGUCCUCUGGUGGAGACAUCGCCCGACAGCUCACCGCUGACGAGGUGCAGCUCCUCAGUCGGUCCUCAGCAUUUGACGUGGGCUUCACCCUGGUCCAUUUAGCUAUCCGCUUUCAAAGGCAAGACAUGCUCGCUAUCUUGCUGACGGAGGUGAACCAGCAGGCAGCCAAGUGCAUCCCUUCCAUGGUCUGCCCCGAGCUGACGGAGCAGAUCCGCAGGGAGAUCGCAGCUUCGCUACAUCAGCGCAAAGGAGACUUCGCUUGCUACUUCCUCACAGAUUUGGUCACCUUCACUCUGCCUGCAGAUAUCGAGGACUUGCCGCCUGCUGUCCAGGAGAAGCUUUUUGAUGAUGUGCUGGAUCGAGAUGUGCAGAAAGAGUUAGAGGAGGAAUCUCCGGUUAUAAACUGGUCUCUGGAGCUGGGCACCCGCCUGGACAGUCGUCUGUACGCCUUGUGGAACCGCACAGCUGGAGACUGUCUGCUGGACUCGGUUCUGCAGGCCACCUGGGGAAUCUACGACAAGGACUCAGUCCUCCGCAAAACCCUACGUGACAGCCUUCAUGACUGCUCCCACUGGUUUUACACACGCUGGAAGGAUUGGGAAUCUUGGUACUCCCAGAGCUUUGGCUUACAUUUCUCCCUCCAGGAGGAGCAGUGGCAGGAAGACUGGGCGUUCAUCCUGUCUUUGGCUAGCCAGCCGGGGGCCAGCCUGGAGCAGACCCACAUUUUUGUUCUUGCACAUAUCCUCCGAAGACCGAUCAUAGUCUACGGAGUGAAGUACUACAAAAGUUUCCGUGGGGAAACGUUGGGAUACACACGUUUUCAAGGUGUGUACCUGCCUCUGUUGUGGGAGCAGAGUUUCUGCUGGAAGAGCCCCAUUGCCCUGGGCUACACGCGAGGACACUUCUCUGCCCUGGUUGCUAUGGAGAAUGAUGGAUAUGACAAUCGUGGUGCAGGAGCCAACCUCGACACAGAUGAUGAUGUCACGGUCACUUUCUUACCCCUGGUGGACAGUGAGAGGAAGCUGCUUCACAUCCACUUCCUGUCUGCUCAGGAGAUGGGGAACGAGGAGCAGCAGGAGAAGCUGCUGCGGGAGUGGCUGGACUGCUGCGUGACAGAAGGAGGCGCCCUGGUGGCCAUGCAGAAGAGCUCCCGCCGCCGUAACCACCCUCUGGUUACCCAGAUGGUUGAGAAGUGGCUGGACAGGUACCGCCAGAUCCGCCCCUGUGCCUCUCUGUCCGAUGGGGAGGAGGAGGACGAAGACGAGUGAGUGAGGGCCAUUCGAGACUUUAAACAUGGACACCCUAGGCUCUGCCAUCUACAUUUCCCCCCAUGACAUAAAUCCUUGACUUGUAACAAUGCAUGUGACCUGUGAACUCUGGUAGAGAAGAAACCAGCAGUACUAUUAAACAAUCCUGAUGACUUCUCCCAUGAAAGCACACCACGUCCUGCUAGUGUACCAUGCUGUACUCGGGUUUCUCCACGUUUUCAUCAAAUACUUAUUAUAACUUGAGAAAAAAGCUAGAUUAUAUAAGGAUAUACUGGAUUUAAGGAUUCCCUAAGCUGCAGUAUAUGAGGAAUUUCAUUUACAGAUUUGCCUUUGCUAAGAAACAGAAAUGCUAAUUCUGUCUGUGUGUGUGUGUGUGUGGGGGGGGGGGGGUGAAAUGCCACCCGGAUCCCUGAGUGUUAUCCUCUCUGUGAACCCUAUUUGAUGCUGGAUUUAUUUAUUUCUUCCUUCAGGAGCAGAUGAAGGCCCUGUUCUCGGUUCUGACCCUUUGUUUUGUUUUAAUCUGUUUUGACUCACUUAGUCUUGAAGUAUUUUAUUUUGCACAGAUAAAAUCCUACAUUCUGUUCUGGACAUUCAA